CGCCGUCCCGCCGCCGCCCGCCGCUACUUCCGCGCCGCGCGGCGCCCGCCCUCGCCCAUCGCCCGCUCCACCGCGAUCUGUGAUCUGUGAUCUAGCGGGCACGGGUGUGCCCGCGGGUGACGGGCGCGGGCACAAGUUCUUGCCCGUGACGGGCGGCGGGCACGGGUGCCCGUUGCCAUCCAUAGUAGGCACCCGGUCCAGUCGCACCCGACCGCGCGGCCUCCCUCCCCUCCCCUCCUGCUUCCCCCCACCGUCCGACGCCGAGCCCGAUCCCGCCGGAGCCCGAUCCGCCCGCCUCGUGUCGGCCCGGCAUGUACCAGUGGCGCAAGUUCGAGUUCUUCGAGGAGAAGGCGGUCAGCCGCGGCGGCGGGGGGUCGUCGUCCGUCGCCGUGCCGGCCGAGAUCGCGGGCCGCGUCACCUGCUCCUCGGGCGGCCGCGGCCGCGUCGCGGUGGGGUGCGACGACGGCACCGUGGGCCUCCUCGACCGCGGGUUCCGACUCUCCUACGGCUUCCAGGCCCACGCCUCCUCCGUCCUCUUCCUCCAGCAGCUCAAGCAAAAAAAUGUUCUUGUCACGGUUGGAGAUGAUGAUCAGUCAUCUUCGCAAUCAUCGGCAAUAUGUCUCAAGGUUUUCGACCUUGAUAAAGUACAAGAAGAGGGAUCAAGUACAACAGCUCCUUUCUGUGUUCAAAUUCUGCGUGUCUUCACUGACCAGUUUCCUCAAGCAAAGAUUACAUCGUUUAUGGUUCUAGAAGAAGCACCACCUAUACUGUUGAUUGCCAUUGGACUGGACAAUGGUUUCAUUUAUUGCAUCAAAGGAGACAUCGCACGUGAGCGUAUUACACGCUUCAAGUUGCAGGUUGAGGCUGAUGGCAGCACUAGUUUGCCUAUCACUGGUCUUGGUUUCCGAGUUGAGGGGCAAGCACAUCAGCUUUUUGCUGUAACUCCUAGCUCUGUAUCCUUGUUCAGCUUGCAUGUUCAACCACCAAGGAGGCAAACACUUGAUCAGAUUGGUUGCCAGACCAAUGCUGUGGCAAUGAGUGACCGAAUGGAUCUGAUUAUUGGUAGACCUGAAGCUGUGUAUUUCUAUGAAGUCGAUGGUAGGGGUCCUUGCUGGGCAUUUGAUGGUGAGAAGAAGUUUGUAGGUUGGUUUCGAGGUUAUUUACUUUGCAUUAUUGAAGAUCAGAGGACUCAGAAGGGUACCCUUAAUGUUUAUGAUCUUAAGAAUCGGCUUAUUGCGCAUAGCAUGCCUGUGGGGGAUGUUUCGCACUUGGUCUGUGAGUGGGGUUAUAUUAUUCUUAUUAUGGCUGACAAAAAAAUUCUGUGCAUUGGAGAAAAAGACAUGGAAAGUAAGCUUGAUAUGUUGUUCAAGAAAAAUCUUUAUACAGUUGCAAUCAAUCUUGUACAAAGUCAGCAGGCAGAUCCUGCUUCAACUGCUGAGGUGCUGCGGAAGUAUGGUGACCAUCUGUAUGGGAAACAGGAAUAUGAUGAGGCUAUGUCCCAGUAUAUCCACACUAUUGGUCAUCUUGAACCAUCAUAUGUUAUACAGAAGUUCCUUGAUGCAAAGCGCAUCUACAACUUGACAAAUUAUUUAGAGAAGUUACAUGAUAGAGGGUUAGCAUCCAAAGACCACACCACCCUUCUGUUGAACUGCUAUACCAAAUUGAAAGAUGUGGAGAAACUUAACGAUUUCAUCAAAGAUGAAGAUGGGAUAGGUGAAAUCAAGUUUGAUGUGGAAACUGCCAUAAGAGUAUGCCGUGCUGCUGGAUAUCAUGAACAUGCUAUGUUUGUGGCAAAAAAGGCUGGGAGGCAUGAGUUGUACUUGAAGAUUUUACUUGAGGAUCUGGGUAGAUAUGAUGAGGCACUGCAAUAUAUAUCUAGCCUUGAGGCAAAUCAAGCAGGUCUUACUGUAAAAGAAUAUGGGAAAAUUCUUGUGGAACAUAGACCUGCUGAAACAGUUGAAAUACUGUUAAGGCUCUGCACAGAUGUUGGAGAUCCUACGACAAGAAGAGGUUCAAACAGCAUGCACUUGCUUAUGAUACCGUCGCCCAUGGAUUUCGUGAAUAUAUUUGUGCACAGCCCACAAUAUCUGAUGGAAUUUCUGGAAAAUUAUAUCAAAGCAGUCAAGGACUCGCCUGCGCAAACAGAAAUUCAUAACACCCUUCUAGAGCUUUAUAUUUCAAAUGAUUUGAGCUUCCCAUCUAUCUCACAAGAAAAUGGCUUUGACAAUCACAAUAACAAAGAGACAAAAGGUAAAGAAACUGCAAAUGGUUAUAAGUCAGGAACAAGGGAGAAAGCAAAUCUUGGAAAAGAAGAUACUAAAAUAGCAAAGAAUAUUGUUGAUAGGAGAAGGAAAGGGCUUGCAUUACUCAAGUCUGCUUGGACAUCUGAGAUGGAAGAUCCUUUGUAUGAUGUUGACCUUGCUCUUAUUCUUUGUAAUACACAUGCAUUCAAAGAUGGAUUGCUCUUUCUAUAUGAGAAACUAAAACUUUACAAAGAAGUUAUUAGUUGUUACAAGCAAGCUCAUGAUCAUCAAGGUUUAAUUGCAUGCUGCAAGAAGCUGGGGGACUCAUCUCAAGGAGGGGAUCCAUCUCUGUGGGGUGACCUGUUGAAGUAUUUUGGGGAGCUUGGGGAAGAUUGUUCUAAAGAAGUUAAAGAGGUCUUGACCUACAUUGAAAAGGAGGAUGUUGUGCCUCCCAUUGUUGUGCUACAGACACUAUCAAAAAACCCGUGCUUGACGCUCUCAGUUGUCAAGGAUUACAUUGCUCGCAAACUUGAGCAAGAAUCAAAGUUAAUUGAAGAUGACAGAAAAUCCAUUGACAAGUAUCAGGAGGAGACGGAAUUGAUGAAAAGGGAGAUUGAAGAUCUCAAGACAAACGCGAAAGUUUUCCAACUCAGCAAGUGUACUGCUUGUACUUUCACCCUUGAUCUUCCAGCUGUCCAUUUCAUGUGCAUGCAUUCAUUCCACCUCCGCUGCCUUGGGGACAAUGAAAAAGAAUGCCCGGAAUGUGCACCUGAAUAUAGAUCUGUUAUGGAGGCAAAGCAGAAGCUAGAACAAAACGCCAGGGACCAUGACCUGUUUUUCAGGCAGUUGAGGGGUUCGAAGGAUGGGUUUUCCGUGAUCGCAGACUAUUUUAGCAAGGGCAUAGUAAGCAAGACAACCGUACCGCCUGAGAACAGCCGAUAGGGAAGGACCACUUGUACUGCUUCGCCUUGUACAGCAAUUGUAUGGUGUUCUCUCCCUUUCUUCGACGAUUGAUGAUGUGCGAGUGCGCUCCUGCGUCCAUCAGUUAUAGCAGGUCGAGGUACAGAUAGCAAGUUUCCCUCAUGUACUGGGUCAUCCUAUCUUGCCUAUUUCAUCCAUGCUGUGAGUUUUUGUUGACAUGGCAUUGUAAAUACUCAGUGUCCGGCUGCCCAUUUUUCCGGGCAAAUGUUGCUUAGACCGUGCUGCACCUUCCUGCAUUGAGUUUUGAUGUGUUUAGUUUAUGCCCUCAUUGUUUGACAACAGAAGUAUCACACAGAUCAUGCUUUUGUAUGUUUCAGCAGAUAUCACGUCUGUUUGGUUUUUGCAACCUUAUGUAUCCAUGCCAGGGUUGCCCAUAGAUACUCCCUUGCAAUACAAGUUUUGUGAGAUUAAAUCUGUACCA